CUCGGAUGAGAGAAGAUGGGAAAAGAGCAGAGCGAGAGGGGUUGGACAAGAUGCGUGUGGUUGAGAUGGAGAUGGUGAGGGAAAACCAUGGCGUCAAAGUCGCCGAGAUGCAGGCGCAGUUGGAACAGAUGGAGCGGCAGUACCACGCCAAGGUCGAGGAGAUGGAGACAGCGCACAACACCAAAUUCGAACAGAUGGAGCAGCAGUACCACGCCAAGGUGGAAGAGACAAACGCUGCGAUCAAACGGGAAAAGAAGGCACAAGAAAUCAUGGACGACCUGACGAAAAGAAACCUUACCGUCGUCGGAAAACUAAACAAGAAACUCGAAAAGCAAGACGUCCUCCUCGUCAAAGCACAAGAAGAGAUCGAUGUCAUGUACGACGAUCACCAAGAAUCCAAAGACAUGAUCCUGUAUCUCCUCCUGGUUCCCGUCAGACAGCUGAGGGUCGAGUGGGACCCCAACAUGGGUGAAUACAAAGGUGACAGAGACGUUCAACGUCUAGCCAAAUCGAUCCGAAAAGGCAUUGUCCGUUGUCACCUGGGACAACAAAGAAUGUCCCAGUUUAGAGAUAACUUGAUAAAGAUCUGUCAACAUGCGUCAGAGACAGGUCACGUACUUCAUAGAGCUAUCCCUCUUAUCGGUCUAUUGGGUCGUUUAUCCCUCGGCGGCAAUGACGAGGGUGCGGACGAGAUCAUCACCUCGGAGGGUAUCUAUCCGGAUUUAGAUUUAGAUUUGGAUCUGGACAAGGUCAUGGCUCCCAUCUUGAGAAACGUUUACAAUCGAUUGGAAACACUGUUCGACAGCGUAGCUUUUGAUCCAAACACAAUGCCAGUCGUCACACCUAGAGAGAUUCAACACGUCAUACGACAAGUCAUCGUGGUGUGGAACUCGACCCUCAGAGUAGGUUACGGUUCUACCGUCAGUGAGGAAGAGUCAGACUCUAAGGUUGUCGGAUCGGAAUCGGCAAAAGCAAAAGGAGACACGAAAUGGAAAGAAGAAUGGACUGUGAACAUUAUUCCAAAAGCUUUCCAAUGGAAAAACCGUCAUCCGGAAUCGUUACCGAGAGAAUUGAUCAGGUAUUUUUUGGAAAAGUUGCAGGAUAACAGAGAAUCUUUCCCUCGGGGUAGAUUUGAUGAUAUGAGAUGGUUUUUGGACGCCAUCGAAAGAGAUUUCCAACACGUCAGGUCCGAUCGCUGGUUUGAAGGUCUAUGGAUGUGAAAUUUCCAAUGCUCAAACAGUACCUGUCGCGGACGGCGACGCACGGUCGACACUACUUUGCACACUCCUUCAACUGGUAGCAACUACAUGGAAAAUCAUCUUUAACAUGCAUAAUCUUUGUCUGUA